AUGCGCAGCCCAAGGGUCGUUCCCGCAAGCUUCCGUCUCCUCCCCAGCGCUUCGCGCGCAGUUGCGCCCUCAGUGGCUUCACAGCGACGACAAUUCGCAGCUCACACGAGCUUGCGCAAGGGCAUCAUGCCGGAUACCUCCAACCCGGACAAGGCGGCUACAAAGACGGAGACGACGUUUGCCGUUGCCGAGCUCUCCGAUGCCGAGUACAACGAGCUCUCAGACGAGUUCAUGCACGAUCUCCUUGAGAGAUUCGAGACCCAUCAGGACAACGGCGCCCCAAUUGACGUGGAAUACUCAUCUGGUGUCAUGACCGUCACCGUAGUCGAUAAGGGCACCUAUGUCAUUAACAAGCAGCCCCCGAACAAGCAGAUCUGGCUGUCAUCACCGCUGUCGGGUCCUAAACGAUACGACUUUUGCGUUGCCAGCGAGGGACAGGGAGAUAAGGAGGGUACAGCACUAGGAACCUGGAUAUAUGCACGCGACAAUUCCAGUUUGGACGAGCUUAUACUCAAGGAAAUUGAGGUGGACUUGUAA